AAACCACAAACUUGCUGAAUUAUUGAAAUCCUGUUUAUGUGCAGAACUGAAAGAAGUCAGGAGCCAUGGCUGAUGCAAACAUGUCUGCCAAAGAUUACGUCAGCAAUACCAGAGCUCAGCUUCUUGGAGGAUUGCGGAACCUCUCAGUAAUUGCUGAGAAUUUGUAUCAGCAAGGAGUCCUGAAUGAUGAAGAGUUCAACGAAAUAAAGGCAGAGAAGGAUGACUAUGGCAGAACCGAAGCAAUCCUGGACUCAGUUAGUAGAAAAGGUGAAGCAGCCUGCUACAAGCUACUUAGGAUUAUUUACUUGACAAGGAGAAGGACCUUAAAGAGACCAACUCCUCUCUUUAAGAACGGUCAUGAACCUUCAGCAGGGGCUAAAGAGUUCGACCUGCACCACUGGAUCAGCUGCUUUUCUUUCAAAGAGGACCCAGAAAUGAGCUCAAACUACAUACAGGGACCAAAGGUGUGCCACAGAUAUCAAACAAAGUUGAAAACAAAAGCAGCAAAAAUAUCGAAGGAUUUUUGGAGGGAAAGCAAAAAUCUUUUUGGAGAAAACAAGAAGCCCAAACUGUCAUUUUACCCACUUAUCUUAGACACAGAAGGGACAACUUCUCCAUCCAAAAUAAAGAAAUUUAUAAGCAAGAAAAGCAAGAUGCAUCGACCUAGCACCAAGCACAAACCUAAAGUCUCCCCAAGUGAUUUGCUGAAGACAGAUAAAAACAUACUACUGGUUGGGAAUCCUGGUAUUGGAAAGACAGCACUGAGCCACGAAAUGUUGAGACUGUGGUCAAAAAGAGACAAAAAGAAGCUGGAUUACAUGUUUUACUUUGACAUGAGGGAAAUAACCAGCAAUUCACCAACAAUGGGUUUGGAGGAUCUUCUUUUUACUGCAUACUGUCAACCUGAUGAGGGCAAAGAUGAAGUCUUGCAGGAUAUAGAGAGGACCUCUGAUAAUGUUACAAUCAUUUUAGAUGGAGUCACAGCACUAUCUUCAUUGGUUGUGCAGAAAGUUGUGAAGAAAGAUCUGCUGCCUGAUGCAAAAAUCAUCAUUACCUGCAGACCAGACGAUGAGGAAGACCUCUGUCUUGAAGACUGGCUCAGAGUGGAGGUGAAGGGCUUCAGCGAGGAGACAAUAAAAACAUAUUUGUCUACAACUCUGGGUGACGAUCACAGGGAGGUUCUGAAUAACACGCAAAUGGUGACUCUUUGUCAUGUUCCAAUGUAUGCACUGAUGGUGGCCGCCAGCUUUUCGUCAGGAGACUCUCUGCUGCCCAGAACUGUAAAUGAAAUAUACAUCAGUGCUGUUCGGCACCGUCUCCAGUUGAAGGGAAACAAACUAUUAUCGUUGGCUAAAGCUGCUUUUUAUGCAACUCAAAGAAAAACUGUGAGUCUGGAAGAACUUUCCUGUGAGGACAGCUGUGUCCUUUCCUUCCUGAAACCGCACCAUGUAAAAGUGGCUCCCGCUGAAACCAGAACCGUCUAUGCUUUUCUCCAUUACACCAUGCAGGAGUUUUUUGCAGCUCUGUGGCUGUUAAAGAAUCCCAACAAGAUCCGGGAGGUUUUCCAGCAGUGCCUCGCUAAGGAGAUGAAACACAUGAGACCUCUGAUCCCUUUCGCGUGUUGUUUGUUGAACGAGAAGAGGCCACGUUUGAUGAGCUGUCUGAUUCCAGCCGAGGAGCUCAAGGAGACAUCUGAGUGGUUCUUCAAAGAGAUGAUCAACACGUUUUCCAGUGACGCUGCUGUUGGUGACAGCGAGCCUUACAUUGAUAUACCGUUCAUAUGCCAGUGUCUGUACGAGUCCCAGAGCUUGGAAGCCUGUAUUUACUUUCUGGACAAACUUGACUUCCAUCUUGACCUCAGUGGGGAGAACCUGGACCCUUAUUCUUGCUGUGCUGUGGCCUAUGUGAUCACUCAGUCAACGGAAAGGAAAAUACGUCUGAACCUUCAGGAUGUGGUCAUAUCAGAUCAAGAACUGAAUCAACUGCUGGGAUGCCUUCAAAAUGUCCAGUGGUGUGAUGCCCUCGGAGAGAAGCUGUGGAAAACGUUCCUCCUCAGUGAAGAGCGGAUGGAUUACUCCACCUUACUGGGUCUCUGUGGGAACACGUUGUACCUCCCGGUUGUGGGGAAACGGCAGCUGUUUCACAGAGCUGUGGAAGUUAUGCAGAAGAUGACAGCAAAGGUCAAUGUCUGCCUCUACGGGGACAGAAAAGCUCCUCUGUGUGAGGUUCUGUGUGAAUCCCUUUUACAAGCUUUGCCGCACAUCGGCUCUCUCAGCAAAAACAAACUCUCUUUAGGCCUCAGUGUCCCACUGCUCCUGUACAACCACCAUAUGUCCUUCUGCAUUCCUCUUUUGGACGCCAAACCAAGCUCCAACGUGGCCAUUGAAAUUCACACCAGUCACCACGUUCUCUAG